CUCAGGUGGCAGCAAACAGGAAGCUUUCUCCAUUAGAAGGAAUCAAACCGAUCGAGAAGGAUCAAACCAAGAAGAGAAAGGAUCCUACAUAGUAUCUUGAUACUGGUUACCUUGGCUAAGAGGACCGAUCGUACUAUUGGAGAGGAGGGGCUAAGUCGUCUCCACAACAGUGAACUGUCUCCGAGCCAAAACAGAACGAACGCCCAAACAGGCAAACCACGAACUCGAACCCUAGAAACCCUGACCAUGGACUCGGGAGGCGGAGGAGGGGCAUCGCACAAGGCAGCGUCGGGCUCUGCACCCUCGGGGGCGGCGGCCGCGAACCCCACGGCGAUGCUCUCCGCCCUGAUGAGCAAGCGCGCCAAGCUCCAGGAGGAGCUCCGCUCCAUAGAGCGCCAGGUUUAUGAAAUGGAGACAACCUACCUACAAGAGUCUAAUCAAUUCGGAAGUGUGCUAAAGGGUUUUGAAUCAUUCUUAUCAUCGUCAAAGAACACUUCCAAUCUCAAGCGCUCCAGGAAGUUCCAGGCUGAUGAGAGGCUGUUCUCCCUGUCAUCGGUUACAUCUCCAGCGGUCGAUGAACAUAUGGCUGGACGAGAUGAUGGAAGAGAAUAUGGAUCAGGUCGUUCGAAAGGUGCAACCACUCCUGCAAACGGGCAAGGAAAACCAAAGAAGGGAGGUCGCCCUGGAGGGAGAGACGGCAAGAGAAUACGGCCAUCAAAUGAUCCAGAUCUGGACGACGAAGAGGACUUCUAACUCGACAUGUUGUAGGCCUAGCUCAGUGAUGAUUUAACCUUGCUAGACUCAUGCUUCGAAUCAUUCUUUCUGUAUUGUAAUUUUUUUUUAAUCUUGUGUUGCAAUCCAUGGCAAGCAAAGCCUUUUCCCCAGGGAGUAGCCUUGCUCAUCUAGUCAUCUUAUCGUCGGCAUUUGCCUGUGCUUGCAUUUUCUUCCUUUUCAACCCACCCCGGCGUUGUCUGAUUGUCUCCCGUUUUGUAAAGCAGUAGCAAGUUAAUUAGACGGUGAUAAUUUCUGUUAACUCUACUGUAAACAACGUUGCUAUAGAUUCCAGACUCCAGUGAGACGAGGAUGAGACUCCAGCGA